UGGGCUGGCAGCCGCCGCCGCGCCGCGUUCCCAUUGGUUCCCGGCUGUGACGCGGCCGAGCGGGGCCGGGGCUGCCUGGCCCGGGGCCGGGCGCCUGGCUGAUGAAACCUGGCGCCGGAUCCCGCCCGCUCUGGGCGCCCAUUGAGUCCGCUCGGGCAGGUGUGAGCCGCGAGUCAGCUCCCUGGCAGACGCGCACGCGGCCGCCGGCUCCCGCUCACCGCAGCCUCCACUCCGCUCCCCGCGCGCCGCGUCCCCGCCCCGCCCCGUCUCUGCGGCCGAGCGUCCGUUGGUCCUUGAGCGCGUCCGACCGUCCGUCCGUCCGUCCUCCGCCCGCGGUCCUGCCCGAGUCCCGCCGCCGCCGACUCGGAUCCCAGAACCUGCCUUGUAUCUCUCCUGAGACAUCUUUGCUGCAAGAUCGAGACUGUCCUCUGGUGAGAAGCUGGUGAGGCCUCGCAUCGUAGUCCAGAUCUGAACAGCAACAUGGGGUGCAAAGUCCUGCUCAACAUUGGCCAGCAGAUGCUGCGGCGGAAGGUGGUGGACUGUAGCCGGGAGGAGACACGGCUCUCUCGCUGCUUGAACACUUUUGACCUGGUGGCCCUUGGGGUGGGCAGCACGCUGGGUGCCGGCGUCUACGUCCUGGCUGGAGCGGUGGCCCGUGAGAAUGCGGGCCCUGCCAUUGUCAUCUCCUUCCUGAUCGCUGCACUGGCCUCGGUGCUGGCCGGCCUGUGCUACGGGGAGUUUGGUGCUCGGGUCCCCAAGACAGGCUCAGCUUACCUCUACAGCUACGUCACCGUUGGGGAGCUCUGGGCCUUUAUCACUGGCUGGAACUUAAUCCUCUCCUACAUCAUCGGUACUUCAAGUGUAGCGAGGGCCUGGAGCGCCACCUUCGACGAGCUGAUCGGCAGACCUAUCGGGAAGUUCUCGCGGACACACAUGGCUCUGAAUGCCCCCGGCGUGCUGGCCGAAAACCCCGACAUAUUUGCCGUGAUCAUAAUUCUCAUCUUGACAGGACUUUUAACUCUUGGUGUGAAGGAGUCAGCCAUGGUCAACAAAAUAUUCACUUGUGUCAACGUCCUGGUCCUGGGCUUCAUAAUGGUGUCGGGAUUUGUGAAAGGAUCGGUUAAAAAUUGGCAGCUCACGGAGGAGGAUUUUGGGAACACGUCAGGCCGUCUCUGUUUGAACAAUGACACAAAAGAAGAGAAGCCCGGUGUUGGUGGAUUCAUGCCCUUCGGGUUCUCUGGUGUCCUGUCGGGGGCAGCGACUUGCUUCUAUGCCUUCGUGGGCUUUGACUGCAUCGCCACCACAGGUGAAGAGGUGAAGAACCCACAGAAGGCCAUCCCCGUGGGGAUCGUGGUAUCCCUUCUGAUCUGCUUUAUCGCCUACUUUGGGGUGUCGGCUGCCCUCACACUCAUGAUGCCCUACUUCUGCCUGGACAAUAACAGCCCCCUGCCCGACGCCUUUAAGCAUGUGGGCUGGGAAGGCGCCAAGUAUGCGGUGGCCGUGGGCUCCCUCUGCGCUCUUUCUGCCAGUCUUCUAGGUUCCAUGUUUCCUAUGCCUCGGGUUAUCUAUGCCAUGGCUGAGGAUGGACUGCUAUUUAAAUUUUUGGCCAAGGUCAAUGAAAGGACCAAAACACCAAUAAUCGCCACGUUAGCCUCCGGUGCCAUUGCUGCUGUGAUGGCCUUCCUCUUUGACCUGAAGGACUUGGUGGACCUCAUGUCUAUUGGCACCCUCCUGGCUUACUCGUUGGUGGCUGCCUGUGUGUUGGUCUUACGGUAUCAGCCAGAGCAACCUAACCUGGUAUACCAGAUGGCCAGUACUUCCGAUGAGUUAGAUCAUGCGGACCAAAAUGAGCUGACUAGCACCAGUGAUUCCCAGCUGGGUUUUUUACCAGAGGCAGAGAUGUUCUCCUUGAAAACCAUACUCUCACCCAAAAACGUGGAGCCUUCCAAAGUCUCUGGGCUAAUCGUGAACAUUUCAACUAGCCUCAUAGCUGUUCUCAUCAUCACCUUCUGCAUUGUGGCCGUGCUUGGAAAGGAGGCUCUCACCAAAGGGGCGCUGUGGGCAGUCUUCAUGCUUGCAGGGUCUGCCCUCCUCUGUGCCAUGGUCACGGUUGUCAUCUGGAGGCAGCCCGAGAGCAAGACCAAGCUCUCAUUUAAGGUUCCCUUCCUGCCAGUGCUCCCCAUCCUGAGCAUCUUUGUGAACGUCUAUCUCAUGAUGCAGCUGGACCAGGGCACCUGGGUCCGGUUUGCCGUGUGGAUGCUGAUAGGCUUCAUCAUCUACUUUGGCUACGGCCUGUGGCACAGCGAGGAGGCGUCCCUGGAUGCUGACCAAGCAAGGACUCCUGACGGCAAUUUGGACCAGUGCAAGUGACACACAGCCCCGCCCCCCAGAGGUGGCAGCACCCCCGAGGGAUGCCCCCAGAGGACUGGGAGGCACCCCACCCUCCCUUCCAGUGCAACAGGAAUCACCCGCACCCACACCCCCACUGUAGCCGAAGGUGCAAUUACUUGAACUGCAGCCCCAGCCCACUCUAGGCUCUGCAGCUGGCUCUCCAGGCCCUGGUCACCUCCAGACAGCUGCCUGGCCAGGGCCACUGGGCUGCGGCUGGCCACUGUGUCUCUUCACUUCUCUGAACAGAGAGAGCAGGUCCUCUCCUACCAGCUCAGCCCCGAGCUGCUGCAGCCUCAGGCAGAGUGGAGGUCACCUUGUCCCCUUACCUUGGGAACCAGGCCUUCCUCCCCGGGGACCGUUCUGGGGUUGAAAUUCUGCAUACUCCAAAUUUUAGCAGCCAUCUUCCUGCUCAGUCCCAAACACCCAGCAGUCAAGCCAGAUGAGUACCACAAAACAGUGUGUCCCCACCAGCCCCCCACCCGCAGAGCCAAACGAUGGUAGUACACUUAAAAAGGAAAAUCAGGCCUGCGGUUUUUCCCCGUUGGGUUCAGAUGGGUCGUUAGGACUGGACCUGGCCCACCCCUCGGCUUCUGAGGGCUUUGCUGUGACACCACGGCAGCCGCCCUGGGGCUGGGCAGCAGGGCUGAGGGCAGCUGGUUCCUCUCAAAUGAGGAAGAAAGGAUCACUCCCAUUAGGGCUUGGCGGGGGGUGGCUGGCUCUGCUUGUCCGUGUGUGUGCACGUGUGUAAACCAGGGACCUCCUUCAGCCCACGCCCUCCAGGCCUGGGCCGGUUCUUGCUGCUCCUGCCGUCUUCUCCACCGGCUGUGUCCUGAGUAACUGGAACGUGAGACUGUACCUGGGUGGGCCUGUCCUCACGAGGCAGAGUUGGGGAUUUUCCUGUGAGUCGCUGCCGCUUACUCAGUCUUGCUCUCCCAUGCUUGGAACCAGUCUGUUGGCUCUUUUGAGGUUCUCAAGGUGGGUGGCAGCUCAGCCCAGGGUCAUGACAUGUUGGGUCAUGGUGUUUCUGGCCCUGACAUGAGCUGCCCAGCCUCUUUGUUAUGUAUGAUGAAAUUGAAAUCAAGCCACAGCCCAUGAAAUUGUGAAUCACUCCAUCAGAUUACGUUAGGGCAUAACGUUAACUUGGAAAUGGCCACGUCAUCACUCCCUGUGGUUGGCGUAUUGCUGAGGUGCUUGGGCCAUCGGGGAGGUGAUUUCCAGGUAUAUUGUUGUCCCUUCUGUGUGUCCGUCAUUCAGAUGCUGCGGACCCCACGCCUCCGCAAGUGGAAGGGUCCGGAGCAUCCUCCCCUGCCUCUCUUGCCUGGGUCAGGGCCUGCAGCCAACACCAUUUCACACACUCCUUGUAGAUGGAAGCCAGAGGAAACCUGGAAGCGAGUAGAGCCCUACUUCCAUUUAGAGUAUAAUUCAAGAGACAGAAGGCUGAUGGGGGAGGGAGAGGGAGGUGGGCACUUUGGACACCAGGGGAAAUGGAAAUCCUGCUUUCAAAACUCAGUUUCUGUUCCAUUUCUUUCUAAUCUGCCCUUUGACGCAAAUCUGGUAGAAAGAAGCCUGAUAAAUUGAGGGCCCUUAUGCUCUCCCUGUGCCAGAAGACUCUCGGAGAGAAGUGUGAGGAUCUGUGAACUCGCCAGCGGAGAGCGGAUGGGCGGCCUCGGGCUGGGCCUCCGAAUCAGUCCCGCUCACCUUGCUGGGAGCUUUGUUCUGAUCUCAUUUUGAAAGUUCCAGAGGGAGCGUCAUAAGAGCCCAAAGCUCCGAUUUCCAAAGAGAGGUAUUGACAUUUAUGUAGAUUGGUGCUGUAACAUAUUUUGAUAAAUACUAACUUAUUUUGUUGGGGUUUUGAUUGUCUCUUGUCCUAGGACCUGGUAGUUAAUUUGCUUGAUUUUUUUUUCCUGUUAUUUUCUACAUAGGUAAAGAAAACUCAAGGGAAGGAAUUUCCAAGAAAAGUUAAAGUGGUGGGAGAGAGAGUUGCUUUUUCUUUUUUUUUAAUUCUAGUUUUUCUUUCUGGCUGAAAUUUCCGUGCAAGACAGUACCCAAUAGACUAUUUAGAGUUGACACUUGAGCGGGCGCCAUGGAUCAUUCUGUAGAUUGAGAGGGUGUGUCUCCCCUGCUCCGAGUCCUAUCACGGGAGCUCGCUGACAGCUGGGAGUCGGGCCUUCCUCAUGCAGAAGCCUUACAGCUCAACGCGGAAGCACGCCCAGCUCGGCAGGGAUGGGAUCCCCCUGCACCCCUGCCUUAGAGGACGGGCUUCCUAGUUAGGGAAGGGCACGUGGGAUGCCUUGCAUAAAUAGUUCACUGGCCAUGGUGCUUUUAUGAGGAGUUUUUUUGUACAGUUGCCAGGGGGUUUCUCUGCUGCGUGUGAGGGCAGUGAUGUAAGUCAUGGUGUUUGGAGUAAGCCUCACAAUUUUAAUAGACUUUUUUCUUUUCACAUCCCUCAUUUCUUUCCCUGAAGUAAAAAUACACACAGUGAAAAAAAUGAUAGUUUCACAUCUCUUAGUUCCCUUGCCUAAACGAGAAUAUUCUUAGUUCCACGGCUGGCCAGGAUUUUCCUUCGUAGUCAGAACUCCCACAUUACUAGAGGCACACCGGCCAAGGGAGUAUUGUGUCUGCUUUUAUCUGUGCACCAGCCACAAAUACCCACAUUGGAAAGACCCAUUUGUGAUGGGUAAGCAUCCCUUCCUGUCUCCCACACCCCCAUGACCACCCUGCAUGUGCUCAUGACCUCCAAAGGCCCACACUCACGAAGCGGCAAACCCAGCAGCUCCCCGGGCCCCCUGCCUCAGGACCUCUGCUGAAGAGAGGGAUCAAGGGGGUCUCCAGAGAGGCAUCAGGGGAUUUGUGGGCGGCUGGCUCGGGAGCCAGCUUACAGGAGGGUAGCUCUGUGGUGGGGAGGGACGCCCUCCGGAGACCAGGCCUCUGCGCGUCCCUACCCUCCUUAACCUGCUCACACCCUCUUGGCCAAGGCUUUGUGUACCAGGUGGUUUUUUUUUUUUUCCCCCAAAUCUAGAGGUUAUCAGAUCUCACCCCACUGUUGGUUUUGUUUUUGCAGCAGCAAAAACUCUCUCUCCACUUCGGCUUUCAUCUCUAUCAGGCAACCAGCCACCUGGUCCCGUGUGCUGACUCUAGCACAGUGGCCAGGAUCCGAUGUAAGUCCAGGGGUGACCGCAGGACGGUGGAGGCGGCGGGCUUCUCCACCCAUCCCAGCUGCCAGGGCCCUGAUUGAUGCACUCCCUCCUGCCCCUUCAGCACAUCCGUGUGCACAGCUGGAGGGGCACCUGGCCUGCCCACCUUGGUCCAGACCCGUGGAAAUGCUGGGGAUGCCAGCUCUCCCCCGCCUUGCCCCUGCCACUGAGCAGGCAUUAACCGACUGGUGUUUGCAGUCCCACAUGGUGUAACCUCCAGAGCAGUGAGUUCCAGAGGAGGGGCGUGUGGACCUGCCCCAUAGAGGCCCCACCCAGGCUUACAGGGCCAGGUCUUGGGCACUGUGUGACACAGGACUCGCCACUAGCGCAAGCCUGCCUGGCUCUGCCAGGGCCCCUCUCCUGAUUCACACAUCCCAUUUUUGCACAAACCCUUCCUUCUUAAGAGCUGACAGCUCUGUUGGCACCCAAGAACCCACACCAUGAACAGGGAGGGGCCUUUGUGCCCAGGCCCAGCACAGAUGCGUUCUGGAGUGAAGGCGACGUGAGGCUUGUGUGUGGAAUGGUUGUGGAGUUCGCCUGCAGACCGAUCUGAAUAUAUGUCAUGUAUAAUUGUUAUGUGUAAUUUAAGAUAUGUUUGCCAUCGUCAUGGGAAGAUAUGUAAGGCUCUUGAGGGAGAGGGAGGUGUGCAUGCUGUCAGGCUCCUGUGGACUUUGUCCUAGUAAUGAAAUGCUCUAUCGAUCUAGUGGUGCAAGAAGCUACACUCCAUGUGUCGUCACACUUAGGAAUGACGCCUAAUGGAUUUUUAAGGCAAAAGCUGUCAGCCGACAUCCAUCAUCGUCCCUCGCAUCCAGUCUUUCCGUGCCAGUGCUUCAGAGCCACAGCACUCUCUUGCCAUGGAGACUGGCUGGGCCUGGCGUCUUGGGGCUCACUUUCCAUGGAGCCCUCCUGGAUCACUCUACAAAUGUGCUGAGUGCCAGCUGAAAACCCCACAGGAGAUGGAGUUACCUUGGUCAAACUUAAAAGAUUUUCUCAGGGUAUUUACCAGUGUGUCCAGCAGGUCAGGAAGCAGGGAUGGAAAGACGCAUUCAGACUGCUAAUUUAUUAACAAGGCAAAUGAGUUCAUGUUUCUUGAUGACAAACUAUUAAGUUUGGGACUUAUUUUCCCAUUCGAGAAGUUAUAAUAUAUAUUUAAGAUAAGUUUCCUGCUUAAGUUGUGCCUUUCAGCUUCAACGAGUUUAAGGAGCACUAAGGGUAAUGAUACCAAUGAGGGUUGGUUUAUUAUCAAACCUGAAUAGCUGUGGUUUCUCCAGCAAAUGUUUUCUUCUACUGAA